AUGACGGUCCCAAAGAUCCGCUUGAACGUUGACAUCGUGAGCCCAUUUGCUUACAUUGCAUUCCAUGUUUUACGGACUUCUCCCGUUUUCGCCAAAUGCAGUAUUACAUAUGUUCCUAUUCCCUUGGGAGGUCUGAUGAAGCAAUAUAAAGACAAAUGGAUAUAUAAAGAAAAGAUACAACUAGCGCGUCGCUUCUCGGUACCUAUGGCUACCAGCUACCCAGAGAGCUUCCUCCCCAAGACCGUGAACAUCCAGCGCGCCCUCUGUGCCAUUUCUCAGAGAUUCCCCGAGAAGCUUGAGGCAGCCAUUGAUGCUUUAUACCGCACGCUGUGGGCAGAGAACAAUGGGAAGAUCGGACAAGUAGAAGUACUCAAACCCCUUUUAGAUGAUCUCCUCGGUGUCAAUAACUCUCAGCAAAUUCUAGACGUUGUAAGUAUGGUCACCUAUGUCGCCCUUAUGUGA